UCAUCUGGGCCUUAUAUAUAUCCCUUGUGCCCAGCCUUACAUAACCAUCCAAGAAUAGGUGAAACUGCAAUAGCCAUGGAUGGAUUUAAAGCUUCACUGUGUCUUCUCAUGGUUUCUCUCUCCUUCUCCCUCUCUCUAGCUUUUUUUCCCGACUAUUAUUAUUGGGGCGAUGGGGAUGGUAGCCGAUCCAAUGUGAAUUAUAGUUACAAUUACCAUGGACUGAGUCCUUAUUUCUACGACUAUACAUGCCCUCAAGCAAAUGAGGUUGUGAUUAGAGUGUUGGAGAACGCCUUUGCCCAGGAUCCAAGGCUUCCUGCUUCAUUGCUUAGGCUUCACUUUCAUGAUUGCUUUGUGCAGGGUUGUGAUGGUUCGCUUCUGUUAGACAACAGCGAAUCGGUGGCGAGCGAGAAGAAGUCGGGCCCAAAUCUUAAUUCAGUGAGAGGUUUUGAAGUGGUUGAUUUGGUAAAGGCUGAACUUGAAGCAGUAUGUCCUGGAGUUGUUUCAUGUGCUGACCUUCUCGCCCUUGCUGCUAGAGCUUCUAGUGUACUGAGUGGUGGACCGAGCUGGGAGGUUGCAGUGGGGAGGAGAGACUCGAGGACAGCAAGCCUAAGCCUUUCAGACGCCAACGUGCCCGCACCAAACUCUACUUUCCAAACCCUUCUCCAACAAUUCAGUAAACAGGGGCUUGAUGAAGUCGACCUGGUUGCACUAUCAGGGAGUCACACACUUGGAAUGGCAAGAUGUGUGACUUUCAGGCAGAGACUGUACAACCAGAAUGGAAAUGGGCAACCAGAUGCUUCUCUAGAGGGAGAUUUCUAUAACAGGCUGACAUCAUGUUGCCCAAGUUCAGGUGGAGACAAUAAUCUCUCUCCUUUGGACAUGGUGAGCCCCACAAAGUUCGAUAACUACUAUUACAAGCUGCUCCUUUGGGGAAAGUCGCUUCUGAAUUCAGAUAUGGUGCUAGUUACUGAAGGGGGCAAGACCAUGAAUUUGGUCCAGAGCUAUGCAGAAAAUGAAGACCUCUUCUUUGAUCAAUUUGCAAAGUCCAUGGUGAAAAUGGGUAACCUUAACCCUCUCCUUGGAAGCCAAGGGGAAGUAAGAACUAAUUGUCGCCUAGCUAACUAAGCUGAACUGUGCUCUCUCUC